AUGGCGAUCGACUACAACCACCUCAUCAACCAGUUCGGCACCAAGCACAUCGACGACGAGCUCCUCGAGCGGUUCGAGCACCUCACGGGCCGCAAGCCUCACCUCCUCCUGCGUCGCGGCACCUUCUUCUCGCACCGCGAGCUCAACCUCAUCCUCGACCGCUACGAGCAGAAGAAGCCGUUCUACCUGUACACCGGCCGUGGCCCGUCGAGCGACUCGAUGCACCUCGGCCACAUGAUCCCGUUCGUCUUCACCCAGUGGCUCCAGGACGUGUUCGACUGCCCGCUUGUCAUCCAGCUCACGGACGACGAGAAGUUCCUGUUCAAGUCGAACCUCAAGCUCGAGCAAUGCCACGGCUUUGCCUACCAGAACGCCAAGGACAUCAUCGCGUGCGGGUUCAAGCUCGACAAGACGUUCAUCUUCUCCGACCUCGACUUUGUUGGCGGCCCGUUCUACCGCAACGUCGUCAAGAUCUCGCGCUUGAUCACGGCGCGCCAGAGCCAGCAGACGUUCGGCUUCAAGCUCGACGACAACGUCGGCAAGUGGCACUUUGUCGCGAUCCAGGCGACGCCGUCCUUCUCCAACUCGUUCCCGCAAAUCUUUGGCGACAAGGCCGACAUCCCGUGCCUGAUCCCGUGCGCCAUCGACCAGGACCCGUACUUCCGCCUGACGCGCGAGUGCGCGCAGCGCCUCAAGUACAAGAAGCCGGCCCUGAUCCACGCAAAGUUCAUCCCGUCGCUCCUCGGCGCCCAGAGCAAGAUGAGCGCGUCGGCCGUCGAGAGCUCGAUCUACAUGACCGACUCGGCCAAGGAGAUCAAGACCAAGAUCAACAAGUACGCGUUCUCGGGCGGUCAGACGACGGUCGAGGAGCACCGCGAGCUCGGCGGCGACCCGGACGUCGACGUCAGCUUCCAGUACCUCACCUUCUUCCUCGACGACGACGCAGAGGUCGAGCAGAUCCGCCAGGACUACCGCUCGGGCAAGCUCCUCACGGGCGAGCUCAAGCAAAAGACGAUCUCGCUCCUCCAGGAGUUCGUCAAGGCCUUCCAGGACCGCCGGUCCAAGGUCGACGACGCCCUCGUCAAGUCGUUCAUGGACGGCACGCGCCAGAUCGACCCGACGCUGCGGUACGGGCCCGGGUGCACGGGCGAGAAGCCCAAGGCGCCCAAGGCGUGAGCAGGAGAGAGCCAUGGGACCGAUGAGGACGAGGAACGUAGACGACGCAGUGCAUCUCGAACUUUGCUGUACUUCUCUC